ACACUAUAGCUGUACCUCGUUUACCGGUGCUUGGUUCUCUCUUGACAGUUUCGUCAUCCAUGUUGUAUAAUAUAAAGAAACAAAACAGCUUCGAGGGAAAGAGAACAUCACGAGAAAAUCUGCUGCCAUGGCUUCAAAGCUCGUGAUUAUCAUUGUGUUCAUUCUAGAUCUCAUCGCUGUUGGACUAGCCAUUGCCGCCGAGCAAAGAAGAAGCGUCGGUAAGGUUGUACCUGACAAGGAGAAAGUAUAUGAGUACUGUGAGUAUGGCUCAGACAUAGCUACAAGUUAUGGUGCUGGUGCUUUUGUGCUUCUCUUGACAACUCAAGUCAUUAUUAUGGUGGCUAGCAAGUGCUUCUGCUGCGGCAAGGCUCUUAGCCCUGGUGGUUCAAGAGCUUGUGCCAUCAUCCUCUUCCUCAUUUGCUGGGUGUUUUUCUUGAUUGCUGAGAUAUGUUUGCUCGCGGCAUCAAUCAGAAAUGCGUACCACACUAAGUACAGGAAGAUGUGGAACGUGGAUGAGCCUCCUAGCUGUGAAGUGAUACGUAAAGGAGUGUUUGCAGCUGGUGCUUCAUUCGCACUCUUCACUGCUAUAGUCUCUCAGUUCUAUUACGUCUGCUAUUCUCGUGCCAGAGAUGAUUACAAGAACCCACCUUACUAGUGGAACAGUUUGUUUCAUUUCUCACUGAUUCUAUACGGUAUCAAAGAUUUAAUGGUUGUUAUUGAUUUGCUUAUUGCUUGUAUUCGUUUAAGCCCACAUUGAAAUUACCAUAACAUUUUCCGAA